AAGGUUUCUGGGUUUAAAUGCAAACCUCUUGAGCAGCUGUGUGUUGUUCCAGCCUUAUUUAAUGUGCUGAUAGUUCCCAUGUCGCUCAGACACAUAGUUCUCUGUCAUUGUUAUUAAUAAAAGGGACCAAAAAGAUACAAAUGAAUAUUUUGAGUUGGUUUGUCAAAAUUAGCAUUUAGAUAGGAUCUUUAAAAAAAAUCACAAGCACGGGAAAAGUAUAAAAUAGAGAGAGAGUCGCAUAAAAGAGCGAGAAGCACGAUUCAUGGUGAUGAUUGCUGAAUUGCGAUAGUGGUCAUGAAAAAACUCCUUUGUUCUAACUAACCUGUACGAACACUGUGCAGCCGCUGAUCUGCGGCGGUUGUUAUCCUCUUAUUCAAAGCAGAGUUGAAGCAGUGCUGGAGCACUAACAUGCCCAGGCUCCUCCAGUGACAGGUCCAAGCCAGCGGCUCCAUCAAAGGCCCAUACUGUGCUCGUGUAGAUGCACGGUAAUGCUAAUGAAGAGCCAUCCUUAUGUAAUGAAAGAGUGAGUCAGGGUUUGGAAGCACCGAUCUCACCGAUAAGGCAGCACUCUGCGUAUCUACAGGCCUUUGCAUGAGUCAGGACGCGUACAGUAGCUGCCGCCGAAGCAAAACUAUUUCACGUCCUGCAAUGAGUUCUGUCUGCAACUGGCUCACAUUAGAUUUUCUCGUGACAGAAUAAAUAUUGAUAUGAAUAAAACCAGGGCGCUGCGGUUUCAUGUGGUGCUAGAUCUGAUCCGUGUCCAACUGUUUGUUUUCCUCCGUCAUCGCAUAAAUCGGGGAAUCCCGAAGGUCAUUUUUCUCCACAAACUCCAUUUCGGGGCCUAAUGUGCGUCUCGGAGACUCGUGUUUGCCCGCUUGCCCCGCACCGUUUGCUUUUCCACCGGCCGAGGCGUCGUCCUCCCCCGUCUGAGCGGCCCUCGCGUCGGCGUCUCGUGUCUUUUGACGGACGUGUGCGUCGCUGGUGCUCCUCUGCGUCCACGUUGCUCCGGCUCUUUAACGAGGGCACCAUCUGUGUUGGUUAAAGGACGUUUUCACUGAUCUGCAGCUGCCUCGAGACAUGCACACGCAGUUCUAUAAAAAAAAAAAUUAAAAAAAAAAAAAAAAAACGCUACCUGAUUAAACAGAUUCGCACAAGUGACCAGGUCAUGGGACGCUGAAGGGUCACGGUGUCUCUCUCGUCCACCGCAGCAGGAGGCCUCGGGGGGGAAAUAGCAUGAAAAUCAUAGUGGAAGGAGGCUCCGUCCACUGUGUGUGUGUGACGCACGCUGCUCCGUGAACCCGAUCCAACGCUUACACACAGUAUGCUCACUGAUUAGCUCACGCACUGCAGGCUUAUGCGCCUGUCACACUUAACACAGGAAUUUUCUUUGGUGGGAAGCUGCUCAGUUAUUCAGUUUACUCACAAAGGAGAUUUUUAUAGACGGUGAUAAUCGAAUAGGUUCUAGACAUGAAUCUAGGGCCGCAUGGUCCCGUGACAUAGCACUAAAGCUGGGUCUGAUUGAUAACUACCCUCUGAAUAAGAAGGAGCAUGUUGGGCUCAGCCUCCUCUUUGUUUUACACACACUCCAUUGAGGUGCUAAUGGAAAAAACGCUUCCUUCUCCUCACUUUACAGGGUUUUUGUUUGCAUUCUCGGGCCGCGUUACAAAACCUCUCGGAGGCGGCGAACUGAGCAGAUGAAGGUUAUGUGCUGACACAGGAACACGGAGCGGAGGUUUUUUUUUUUUUUUCUCCUCCUCACGUUAAACGGGCCGUUCACCUGGAGAUGUUUGUACUCCGAGUGCCCCCUGUCGGUCAGCCGCGGAACUGCAGCGGCUCAGCCCUCGAAGCUGAUGAAAAGAAUCGGCUGCAGCAGACAGUGAACGUCCUUAGUGCUAGAAAAAAUACCUGUACUUUUAAUGCAUGAAGUAGAAACUCUAAAGAGAUCGAAACAUGCAGAGCUGCUCAAUAUAAAUUAAAAAAAUGGGCUGAUUUAUAAGAUUUAUAAGGCAUUUCUUAUUCUAGGAGAACUAAUAUCCGCUGAGCAAGUACAUGUUGGGAAAGUGUCCAAGGUUCACCCUGGUUUUAAACACGCUGUACCAUUUGGGACGAAACGCCGGAUGAGGAGUAAAUGAUUAACUUCGUAAUAUUCCGUGGAAGUUAUUGUUUUGCCUGUUCGCUCCGACUCUCUGUCCCAUCGUCCAUAUGCAUGCGUUUUAUUGUUUGUGCCUCUGUGACUUGGCCGAUGCGCCCGUCUCGCCUUCACUGGAAAGCACAAACUGACGCACCAGUGGGAGUUCAGUCCGCUCUUCCCAGGCUGGCACUCAGAUGGGCGCCGACUGGUUCAGCUGUGACGUAGCCGGGGGGGGCGUGGCCCGCCGCCUGCUUUAAUAAAAGCCUCCGGUCCGCGAUCCGAGCGCAGACUCAGACCGAGCGCACGCACGCCGCUCCACCGACCUCUACGCACGCGGAAAGCAGGCGAACGCACCCAGGUUUCACCAUGAUUAAGAAAAUGUCGCCCUCCGAAAGCGACUUCGACAUCCCGGCAAAGAACUGCUACCGCAUGGUGAUUUUGGGCUCCACCAAAGUUGGGAAAACGGCCAUCGUGUCCCGGUUCCUGAACGGGAGGUUCGACGAGCAGUACACGCCGACCAUCGAGGACUUUCACAGGAAACUGUACAGCAUCAAGGGGGACGUUUACCAGCUGGACAUACUGGAUACGUCGGGAAACCACCCGUUCCCCGCCAUGAGGAGGCUGUCCAUCCUGACAGGUGACGUGUUCAUCCUCGUCUUCAGCCUGGACAACCGGGACUCCUUCCUGGAGGUGCAGCGGCUCAAGCGGCAGAUCCACGAGACCAAGUCGUGCCUGAAGAACAAGAUCAAGGAGAACAUCGACGUGCCGCUGGUCAUCUGCGGCAACAAGGGCGACCGAGAGUUCUACCGGGAGGUGCAGCAGGCGGAGAUCGACCAGCUGGUGGCCGGCGACGACAAGUGCGAGUACUUCGAGAUCUCCGCCAAGCGCAACGAGAACGUGGAUAAGAUGUUCCAGACGCUCUUCACUUUGGCCAAACUGCCUCACGAGAUGAGCCCCGACCUCCACCGGAAGGUGUCCGUGCAGUACUGCGACAUGCUGCACCGAAAGUCGCUGAAGAACAAGAAGCUGAAGGACAUUGGCGAGGCGUACGGCGUGGUGGCCCCGUGCGCGCGCAGGCCGAGCGUGCACAGCGACCUCAUGUACAUCAAGGAGAAGGCGGUGGGCGGCGGCCAGAGCAAAGACAAGGAGAGGUGCGUGAUCUGUUAAGAGCGUCUGGGAGCGAUGCUCAGCGCAAGUCUUCGGGAGGAGGAGGAGGGGCUCCAAGAGCCGCCCGUGCGGCCGAGACGCGCUCUGGGGGGCGUGAAGACGCCGCAGCCGCCGCCGGCGCCGACGCGCGCGCGCUCUGGCGCGGCGCCGUCUCCAAGGACGCGUGACUGCACAUACGCGGUCCAUCAGCACUCGCCAAAAUAAAACCACAGCCCACGCGACAUUUGAGAAUGUAAGCUUGUUCAGCCCGAGCCCAGUGUGUGACGUGGCUUCAUACUGUACCUUGUGAGACUCGCGCGUCGAUGCGUAAAGUGUCUGUGAGUUGACCUGAUGCCCGAGAGGACAGAGACUCAUGGAGGCUUAGGAGGAGCGAUGCAGGGAUGAGAAUGUUGUUUACACCUUAUUACGGCUUUUAUAAUGGCUAAAGUACACUUGAAUAUUUUGUUUCCAGUCAUUAUUUUCUAUUGUGAAUGUAUAUUUAUUGUCGUUGUCACUUUUUGCAAAGAAAAUAUUAAAAUAUAUUAAUUAAAA